GGGCCACGCCGCGCCCAGGGGCGGACCCUGGCCAUUUCCUCCCACUCAAAGCAGCGGCUGCGGACGCUGCAAGGCCGCCUCUGCGUCUGUCUUACUGCGGGGCGCUUGGGGCCUCCCGUCCCUCUCGCAGCGCAGCCCGCCGCCGCCAUGGCCAAGCCCCUGACCGACCAGGAGAAGCGGCGGCAGAUCAGCAUCCGCGGCAUAGUGGGCGUGGAGAACGUGGCCGAGCUGAAGAAGGGCUUCAACCGGCACCUGCACUUCACGCUGGUCAAGGACCGCAACGUGGCCACCCCCCGCGACUACUUCUUCGCGCUGGCGCACACGGUGCGCGACCACCUGGUGGGGCGCUGGAUCCGCACGCAGCAGUACUACUACGAGAAGUGCCCGAAGAGGGUUUAUUACCUUUCUUUGGAAUUUUACAUGGGCCGAACCUUACAGAAUACCAUGAUCAACCUUGGCCUGCAGAAUGCCUGUGAUGAGGCCAUUUACCAGCUUGGAUUGGAUAUAGAAGAGUUAGAAGAAAUUGAAGAAGAUGCUGGGCUUGGCAAUGGUGGUCUUGGGAGGCUUGCUGCCUGCUUCUUGGAUUCCAUGGCAACCCUGGGACUCGCAGCCUAUGGAUAUGGCAUCCGAUACGAAUAUGGAAUCUUCAAUCAGAAGAUCCGAGAUGGGUGGCAGGUAGAAGAGGCAGAUGAUUGGCUCCGGCAUGGAAACCCCUGGGAGAAGGCCCGCCCCGAGUUCAUGCUGCCCGUGCACUUCUAUGGAAGAGUAGAGCAUAGCGAGGCUGGGGCCAAGUGGAUCGACACCCAGGUGGUCCUGGCCCUGCCGUAUGACACCCCAGUCCCCGGGUAUAGGAAUAACACCGUCAACACCAUGCGCCUCUGGUCUGCUCGGGCACCCAAUGACUUCAACCUCCGAGACUUUAACGUUGGAGACUACAUCCAGGCUGUGCUGGACCGAAAUCUUGCCGAGAACAUCUCCCGGGUCCUCUAUCCCAAUGAUAAUUUUUUUGAAGGGAAGGAGCUAAGAUUGAAGCAGGAGUACUUUGUGGUGGCAGCUACCUUGCAAGAUGUCAUCCGACGUUUCAAAGCCUCCAAGUUUGGCUCCACCGAUGGUGCGGGAACUGCAUUUGAUGCCUUUCCAGAUCAGGUUGCCAUCCAGCUGAAUGACACUCACCCUGCACUCGCCAUCCCUGAGCUGAUGAGGGUUUUUGUGGAUAUUGAAAAAUUGCCCUGGUCCAAGGCGUGGGAGAUCACCCGGAAGACCUUCGCAUACACCAACCACACAGUGCUCCCAGAAGCCUUGGAGCGCUGGCCUGUAGAGCUGGUGGAGAAGCUCCUUCCUCGACAUUUGCAAAUCAUUUAUGAGAUAAAUCAGAAGCAUUUAGAUAAAAUUGCGGCCUUGUUUCCUAAAGAUGUCGACCGUCUGAGAAGGAUGUCUCUGAUAGAAGAGGAAGGAGGCAAAAGAAUCAACAUGGCCCAUCUUUGCAUUGUGGGCUCCCAUGCUGUGAAUGGUGUGGCUAAAAUCCACUCAGACAUCGUAAAGACCCAAGUGUUCAAGGAUUUCAGUGAGCUAGAACCAGACAAGUUUCAGAACAAAACCAAUGGGAUCACUCCAAGGCGCUGGCUCCUUCUCUGCAACCCGGGGCUUGCAGAGUUAAUAGCAGAGAAAAUCGGGGAAGACUACGUGAAAGACUUGAGCCAGCUGACAAAGUUACACAGCUUCCUGGGUGAUGACAUCUUUCUCCGAGAAAUUUCCAAUGUGAAACAGGAGAACAAGCUGAAGUUUUCUCAGUUCCUGGAGAAGGAAUACAAAGUGAAGAUCAACCCAUCGUCCAUGUUUGACGUGCAGGUGAAGAGGAUCCAUGAGUACAAGCGGCAGCUCUUGAACUGCCUGCAUGUGGUCACGAUGUACAACCGCAUUAAGAAAGAUCCUAAGAAGUUAUUUGUGCCCAGAACAGUUAUAAUUGGCGGCAAAGCUGCCCCAGGAUAUCACAUGGCCAAAAUGAUCAUAAAGCUGAUCACUUCAGUAGCAGAUGUGGUGAACAACGACCCCAUGGUUGGAAACAAGUUGAAAGUCAUCUUCUUGGAGAACUACAGAGUGUCUCUUGCUGAAAAAGUCAUUCCAGCUACAGAUUUGUCGGAGCAGAUUUCCACGGCAGGCACCGAAGCCUCAGGAACGGGCAAUAUGAAGUUUAUGCUGAAUGGGGCCCUGACCAUUGGAACCAUGGAUGGGGCCAACGUGGAGAUGGCAGAGGAAGCCGGGGAAGAGAACCUGUUCAUCUUUGGCAUGAGAGUAGAUGACGUGGCUGCUUUGGACAAGAAAGGGUACAAGGCAAAAGAAUAUUACGAGGCACUUCCAGAGCUGAAGCUUGCCAUUGAUCAAAUUGACAAUGGCUUCUACUCUCCCCAGCAGCCUGACCUCUUCAAAGACUUAAUCAACAUGCUAUUUUACCAUGAUAGGUUUAAAGUGUUUGCAGACUACGAAGCCUAUGUCAAGUGUCAAGAAAAAGUCAGUCAGCUGUAUAUGAAUCCAAAGGCCUGGAACGCGAUGGUACUCAAAAACAUAGCUGCCUCGGGGAAAUUCUCCAGUGACCGAACAAUUAAGGAAUACGCCAGGGACAUCUGGAACAUGGAGCCUUCAGAUCUUAAGAUUUCCCUAUCCAGUGAACCUAGCAAUGGGGUAUACAAGGCCAAUGGAAAGUUAGAGAAAUAACUGGGAGAAAGGGAACUUUUUUGGCGUCACAACCCACUUGGAUGUGUCAAGGUGAAUGAUUGAUGGCUCCUCACUGCUGCCUCGUUCCUCUGAGUGCUGGGUCCCAGAUCGCUAGUGCUUCUCAACAUAAGCAUUUGAUGAAUAAGCAUUUGAAUCCAUCUCCUUACCCUUCUACACAGCAAAACUUAUUUCUAAGAAUACUUUUGGAAGCUAAAGGAAAAUAAGUUCCAGAAGUGGCCUUUCAGAACCAAGGAUAAAAUAGUCAUGUUCACUAAACUGAGAACUGCCUGGACCCUGUCCACUUUGCCGUGAAGUGUAAGAUGAAGGACAGGAGAGACUCACAGUCCUGCAGGUACAAGAAACCUUUUGUUUUCCCAAAAUAUCCAUAUUGUCUACACUCUAUUAACUACAUUAAUAAACAGACAUAAAGAUGAUUCAAAAGACAGCGGA